AUGGGUGCCCAUCGCAUAGUACCACACUCCCUCCUCCCCCCUCAAUCCCCAAAUGAAAUCCAUCAGUCCACAACCCCAACACCACCACAAACACUAUUAGAACAAUACAUUGGCCCACCUACCAAGAGGAACUUCACCACAACCACCAUGUCUAAAGGUGUACCCAACCACAUGUAUAGUACGAGAUUUCAUAAAUACGACGGCAAAAUAACAAAAGCAUAGCACAGAUCUUGAGCUUACCCCAAUACAGACAGAACCUAAGCCUUUGGAACUGUACUUCAUCGAUGUGCCAUAUUAAAACUGUAUCCUCCCCCCUUUUUUUUUUUUAUUCUGUACCCCUAGUUGAAACAUAACAAGAACGAAAAAUAAAGAAUUUACAAAAAAAAAAGCAUGAACGUUUUUUAGAUCUCUACACAAGAAUACCUAAAAUCAUGCAAGCUUUACUGAAUUUUUUUUUUUUUUUUUUUUACUGAGGUUUUGUUAAAAUUAAUGUAAAAAUCCAAAGAGAAAUUUAGUGCUAAUUGCUUAUUUUUGAUGCGUUGCAUGUUUUUUUUUUUUUCUAGGAUUGGAGAACAACAAGUGCAGAGCAACUGUCCCAGAUUCACUUAAAGAAAGACUAUGAAGUCAAGGAUGUGUCAAAGUUAAUAAAUGAAGACAAUAUUGAUACUCUUAAUGUUGAAAGGUAACCUAAUGGAAAUAUACUUCUUCCUGCAAACAUUAUCUACAAUACAGGAACAAUCAGAGCACCAUUAACACUAGAGCCCCCAUCUCUUCUUUGCAGGCAGUUUGUAUACAUCAUGGUGUAUGAUUUUGUACCCAUAUGCACACAUAUUAAUCUUUGUUAGCAGGUAGGAGACUGGUUUAAUACCUUAGGUUGUUUGUAUCUAUUUACAUAGUUUUACAUUGUUAUCUAGCUUUUAAGAAGACUAACACCCAGCAAGUUCAAUCCUGAAGCCAAUUCUUUGAUGCUGUUGAUCCAAAAGAAGGCAUAAAAACAAUUGUAUCCAUUUCCAAUUAUGCCACAAAAAGGGUAUAAUUUCUUCUUGACUCCAUAAUGGCAAUCAGAUUUCUCCUUAGAUCAACAACCUGUUUACAUACAUAACAAUUAUAUCUAUAAAAACUCUGUUGUAAAAAAACAUGUUUCCAUCCCCCUUACUAAUUGUGUAACUCCCCUCUGCACUUUUUCUAGUUCUGCAAUACCUUUCUUUAACCCCUUAAGGACCAAACUUCUGGAAUAAAAGGGAAUCAUGACAUGUCACACAUGUCAUGUGUCCUUAAGGGGUUAAACUGGUGCCCAAAAUUGCACCACAUAUUCAAGGUGGUGUUGUCUUUUGCUUCCCCAUGUGGGACAAAUCCGGUCGGAUCAAGGUGGACUAUUCCAAGUAAAUUGUCUAAGGUUCAUAGCUAGCAUGUGUGCAAAUAUUUUAACGUCACUAUUGAUUAACGAGAUAGGCUUUUAGUUCCCACAUAAAGAAUGGUCUUUGUUCGGUUUUGCGAUUAAGGUGAUCGUGGCUUCAAGUGCCUUAGGGCUAAAGGUAAAUGCAUUUAACAUAUGUCCACCUAAUUGGGGAAAGAACAUUUUUAAAGUAUUUAUUGCAUGUCCAUCCAGUCCUAGGGAGCUUUUGUGACAUGGCGCCGCUUUUACUGAAUCCUGUAGUUCCUGAUAUGUGAAAGGAGUAUCUAGGCUUUCUUCUUCUUAAGGAGUUGGGUGUUUAGGGAUGUAUUUAUCUAAAUAUUAUUGUUUGUUGAUGUUUGAAAUUUGUGGUGUUGGUUGGCUUAUACAAGGAAGUGUAAUGUGGAAAUGUAUGUCCACAGUAUGUUGGUGUUCAAUUCUGGAUCCCAUCUAUACUCGAGAAGCUAUUCUCCCUGAUGUUAGUAGCAGCAACAUCCUCCAGCACAUCACUCCUGAGCUUGUACUCCCAACAUCAUCUCUCAAGCUGGGAAAUCUGCUGGGGUGUACAAAAUCAGGACUGGCAACAGGUUUCUUCCCUACUACUACCUUGCCCAUCGGUCAGUCAGGUACGUGCCUGUUCCCCAGCUGGCUCAUCUCCUCCCACUCCACUACCUGCCCCCACAAAACUCUGCCCCAAUGAGCAGUAAGCCCUUUUCAAAGUUUCAAUUGGCCUAAGUCAGGCAUAGGCAAGCUUCGGCAUUCCAGAUGUUUUGGACUACACCUCACAUCAUUCUUUGACAGCAUUAAGGGUGUAAAAGAGCAUUUUGGGGAACGUAUUACACAACAUCUGGAGCGCCGACGGUUUCCUGUCCCUGGCCUAAGUGUUGCAAUUUGCUUCUACAGAUUUGCAAUCUGAGUUUCCAGAGAGCUUCCACUUACUCACAUUUGCCACAGAGGUAAAGACUCUUCCAGGCAUGCAUACAUGCAGCUGGCUGCAGUCAUAUUGACAAUCUUGCUAACACUCAUACGUAUCUCACUAAAACAAUUGCAAAAUUUAAAAGAGAAAAGAGAACCUUUCAGUGAGCACGCUUUGUGUUUUUCUACUGUGCGUUAUACUUUCCACUUUGUAGAAUUAAAAUAUGAAAAGUGUCCUUUUGCCUAAUAAUAAAUGGUUGUAGUGGAAAAAAGAACAAGAGAAAUUGAAAAGCUUUUUAUAUUUAGUUUAUUUAUGCACAUAACUAUAUUGGCUAAGGGAAUUGAUUUAAUGCCCCUUAUAAGCUCAUUGCUGGGAAGUGUUGAGCUAUCCUGUCCACUCACUGUACUGCAUAUCCUCAAAGAAUCCAGUGUUUUUUGGCAGGAAGUUUAUAAUGCACUCUCUACAUAUUGGCACUAAACUCUGCCACGGUAACUAUUUAUGAACAUGGCAGCACAUAACAAAUAGUCCCUUUCUUGUAUAACUAAAUGUCAAAACAUAUUUAAGGAAAUAACAGGUCUCUUCUGAGACUGUAGAGUGUGCAGCAUAUUUCAUUAGGUUUUACUCUCAGCUUUUAUUGAAUUUUACUGGGAAAAGAAUAAUCAAUAAAAGGAAAGGGGGAGUAAAAACAGUAGUGCCAUUCAAACUGCUUGAGAAAAUAAAAAUAUUAAGUGUACCCAUGGGUUGCAAGGGUGUUGUGAGUGCUAAAAUUACUUGAGUCAGAUUGCAAAAAGAUGAAUUGAAUUGGUUUUGAGCCCCAUAUUGAAUGUAAAGGUGGCUCCAGAGUGUAGCUAGGGGUCUAAAUUUGGGUAGGUCAGACCGCUCCACCCUCGAAAAUGUUCAGAAUAUACUCUGCUCACCAUGACCAUAUUCAAGCAUUAUAUAUACACAAUGAUUUACCAUGAUGCAUAGAAGUACAGCUAUGAUUUGAAUCUGGUUUAGCAUUAUACAUGAAAAACAAUUUAUCAUUGAAUAGAAGAACCAGUGGACUCACGACAUAAUCUGUUACAAUACUUACAGUGUCCUUUAACAUGCAUAAUUACAAAUACUUCCUCUAGAAUUCAAUAAUCAGUUAUAUCCACAUUAAUGCAAUUUUAACAGGAACCCUUCAACUUAACACAGAACUUUUCACAGCAUUCCACCUGCAGGAAUGGAAUGGGGAACCAUAUAUUUCCUCAGCUAAUUAUAAUUUCAAAGGUUUGAAAUUUGUCCAGCCUUAUCCAGGUAUAUUUCUGCUUUUAGUGAAAAAUAAUUAAUUUAAAUUUCAUUAAAUAAAACUAGCAUAUUUACCAGCUUUCUUGGUAGAAAUUCUUUAGGCUUGGAGACAUAUUCCAUUAAUGGUGUAUGCCAAUAUGAGUAGAGAAUUGUGGAAAUAGGAGAUUCAAGAGUUCUGUAUAUUAAAGGUUUCCAGAUUCAGUUGGAAAAGACAAUGUGUUAGAUUUUCAAAGUUCCAGAAUUUAGAAAAGAUACAGACAGGGGCGUACCUAGAGCAUUUGGCACCCGGGGCGGAUCCUGUGCUUGGCACCCCCCCCCCCAAAAAAGAAAAAACCUGUAAAAAAUGUUAAAGGUUUUAUUUCUUUUAUUUUUACAAUUUGUAAACUUUGCAAAACCGCUGACAGCCCCUCCUACAAAACCCUUGUCCUGCCCUGCCCCUCCUACAAGACCUCUGUCCUGCCCCUUCUACAAAUCCUGUACUGCCCCAUCUACAAAACCCCCGCAACCCCCUUCCACAAAUCCCCUGCUUAUCCCCCCUUAUAAAGACUCCUGUCCCAAUACAAAACCCCCACCCCCUUCUACAAAAUCCCUGCAGCCCCACACACACAUUUACAGGCAGACAGUCACACACUCAGUUACAGACAGACAGUCACACACUCAGUUACAGGCAGACAGUCACACACAGUCACAGGCAGACAGUCACACAUACACAUUUCCUCCGUGCGGCCAGUUUAUCAGCUGUUUGCUUGAGUGAGCUGUACUGGCCGCACGGCACCCUAACUACCAUGGGACACUGUGCGGCCACAGCUCACACAGCCCCCUCCAGCCAGGGCCGGUACAAGGAUUUUUGCCGCCCUAGGCAAAAGUAAAGUUUGCCGCCCCCCAUGUGACAUCACAAUGCCCCAGCCAUAUGAUUUGCCAUGUUAACUAACGCCAGUGCUGCAGUGCCGCCGUGUUUACAUUAAAAGGCCUGCAGGGACAGGCUAUAGACACCAGAACCACUACAUUAAGCUGAAGUGGUUCUGGGGACUAUAGUGUUUCUUUAAUGUGAGGUAAAUUAGAGCUUAGUGCCACGAAUAAUAUACUAGAUUGCCUACUUACAACCAGAUGAGGAUGAUGAUGGGCUUUAGCUGCAGUCUGGCUCCACUGGUCUGGUGCAGAACAGGCUCUCUGGAGGCGGUUUGUAACUGUGGUCACAAAAAUCAAUGUUCUGGGAGAACGGGAAGCAGCUCCAUUUUUUGGGGGUCCUUUACACAGCUCAAGGUCUGGGUCCCAGGGUCCACCUUCAUGUUCCACCAAUGAGUUUGUUCACAGGGGGUGGAGUGUGUAGGGGAUGUCCUGAUAUGUGUGUAAGGAAUGCAUUGUGUGAAAUUGUGUUUGUAUGUGUAAGGACUGCAAGGUGUGUUUCUGUGUAUGUAUGGGAUGCAUUGAAUGUGUGUAAGGGGUGCAUUGAGUGUGUGUAAUGAAUGCAUUGUGUGUUUCUGUGUGUGUAAGGGAUGCAUUGUGUGUAACGGUUGCAUUGCUUGUGUAUGUGUGUCUGUGUGUUUUUCUGUGUGCAAGGGGUGCAUUGUGUGUAUGUGAUGAAUGUCAAUCUCUCCUCCCGCUCCAAUUUCCUUCUCCUCCUCCCAAUUUCUCUUUCUCACCCCCCUCCUAAUUUCUCUCUCACCCCCGCUCCUUUCUCUCUCACCCACCUUCUUUUUCUUUCUCACCCACCCCCCUUUUCUCUCUCACCCCCCCUUUUCUCUCUCACCCCCCUUAUCUCUCUCUCUCUUCUUAUCCUCUCUCUCACCCCCUUUCUCUCUUUCUCACCCCCUUAUCUCUCUUUUCUCACCCCCUGUUCUCUUUCCUCACCCCCUUAUCUUUCUCUUUCUCUUGCUUAUUUCUCUUUCUCACCCCCUUGUUUCUCUUUCUCACCCCCUUAUUUCUCUUUCUCCCCCCUUAUUUCUCUUUCUCACCCCUUAUUUCUCUUUCUCACCCCCUUAUUUCUCUUUCCCCACUUGUUUCUCUUUCUCACCCCUUAUUUCUCUUUCCCCUUAUUUCUUUCUCACCCCCUGUUUUCUCACCCUCUCUACCCUUUAUUUCUCUUCUCACACCCCUUAUUUCUCUCUCUCACCCCUAUUCUCUCUCUCACCCCUUCUUUCCACCCCCUCCCUCUCCCCCUUCUUUCUCCCCUCCCCCCUACCUCCCUGUAGCGUGGCCGAGCCCUGUAUAGUCCACGGGUACAGGGAGCUUUUGUUUCCUGUACCCGGCCGGACUAACAGGAAGUGCACACUCAGUGUUCCCUUCCUGUUAGUCCGGCCGGGUACAGGAGACAGCUGCUCUCUGUACCCGUCGGACCAUGCUGCAGUGAGGGAGCUGACAGGAGCGUUCCCUCCUGUCAGCCCCUCUCCUCAUGGACGCACCACCCAGGCAAAGCUGCAGCCGCCUGAGGCUCAAUACAGAGCGCUCGGGCGGCUGCAGCUGGGGAGCUGGCCACACCCACCCGGCUGGCACCCGGGGCGGACCGCCCCCCCGCCCCCCCCUUAGUACGCCACUGGAUACAGAGAGUUAGAUGUGACCUCUUGUCUCUGGCCAUCUUAAAUUUUUAUUUUUUUUAAAUUUGACAAUUUUUAUUUAUUUUGUCAGUAAGCAACGUAUUCAGGGUACAGAAAGGAAUGGGAUAAUAAUUAAUAAGUGUAGAUUUGUACAGUUGCUCCUUAUACCGGGGGAGGGUACAUAACAGAGGGAGGAAGGGGGGGGGGGGGCAUCACAGGUUGAUACAGACAAGUUUUUUUUUUGUUACAGUAACAGUAAAUCCACAUUAUUUUCAAUACGGAACGACAAUGGCGAUAUGUCCCCACUGUAGCGUGUCACUCUAUAUCUAACAACAUAUCAACAUCAGCAUCAGCGUCCCACGAGUGGCUGUGGGAGUGUGCGUAAGCAUACGCAACUUGGAGAUGUUGAGGACUUGACAGCUCAUUUGCUAGGUACAGCCCCCGGUGCUUUACCCGGUACCUUACCAGAUCUCCAUGUUUGCCAAAGCUCCCACGUUUUCCUAUAGAGCGUAGAGGGGCGGAAGAGGGACGUGUAGGAGGUUUCGUAAAUCCACUGCUUUUGCAAUUCCUCUAAGAGGUUUGCCUUCUUGGGAAGGGUCGUGGACUUCCAUCUCCUUGCUAUCAAUUGCUGCGCCGUCAAGGCUAUGUGUAAGGUCAACUUUCUGACGUGCGGGGGCAUUUCUCUAGGGAGGUCCAGCAAUAGACACGUCUGCGGGGUAAAUGGGGGAGAGCUCUGUGUGGCUUCUCUGAUCAGUGUGUGGACAUCCGUCCAAUAAGGGAGUAGCCUUGGGCAGCUCCACCAUAUAUGGUGCAUUGUGCCUUCCGCUGCUUGGCAUCUCCAACAAAGUGGAGAGGUGGAGGGGAAAAUCUUGUGCAGUCUGGCCGGCACUAAGUACCACCGGUAUAGAAUUUUGCGAUGCUGUUCAAUGUGGGAGGUGGAUUUUAGUAGCUUUAGUGGGUCGGAUAUGAGGGAGUCCCAGGAUAUGGGUGGCCCUGCGCAGCCUAGAUCGCUCUCCCAUUGUUGAGCAUAUUUUGUGGUGGAAAAGUGGUUGUGUUUCAAUAUGGAGCUGAGACACAUGGAGAUCGGUUUACAUUGAGGUAGCAAUCUUGCAGUUAUACACAUUUGUUCCCAUACAGUUAACCUGUUAGCAUCUCUAGAGGUGUCUAAGAAACGUUUCGCUUCAUUAGAGAUGUAGGAGUGUAAUUGGAGGUAUGAGUACUGCGAGGACUGUGGGAGCGUGUAUUUGCUGGCUAGAGUCGUGUAGUCUAGUAGUUUAUGGGCAUCAAAUAGAUGAUAAAGAUGCGUUGCACCACUUCGGUGCCACGGUAGGGCAUUGAAUGUGGGGAUAAUGUAGGGUAUGGCCUUUAGGGGGGUUGCCAGGGAGAGGCCGGGAGUACUGCCCAACCUGGGCCUGUACUUAUCCCAGAUGUGAAACAGCAGUAGUAUCUGGGGGGGAGCUGUCGGCAAGUCAGGCCUAAGAUGCGACGGUGUCCAAAGUAGGUGCAGGAUGUCGUGGUUACCUAGUUGGUCCCUUUCCAGGGAGACCCACUGUGGCUUGGGUGCAGAGAUUAUGUGGGGGAUAGCUGUAGCUAGUACUGCCGCAUGAUAGUAGCCUUGGACAUUGGGUAGUGCUAACCCACCUUGUUUCUUGGGGGCCUGUAAGACCGUGGUGGCUACUCUGGCUUUGCCUCCUGCCCAUACAAACUUCCCCAUAUCAGCCUGAAUGGUCUUAAAGUAGGAGGAAGGGAGGCGGAGAGGGAUGGUGCGAAAGAGGUAUAGUAGCCUCGGUAGUAUUGACAUUUUGAGUGUCACGAUGCGGUCUGUCCAGGACAGGUACAGUGGCGACCAUUGUUUCAGUAGUUGACUGCAUUUGUUCCACACUGCAACAUAAUUUGCUGACAUAAGGUUCGCAGGGUUUUUUGUGAUCGUCAGGCCCAGGUUACGUAUGGAUUCUGUCCUCCAGUCAAAGUCGUAUGUGCGUGUGAGGGUGCGUAUAACCUGGGCAGGGAUGAAUAUAGGCAGGGCCUGUGUUUUGGCCGCAUUCACUAAAUAGUAUGAGAACUGUCCAUAGGUGUGUAUUAUCUGCAUCAGUGUAGGUAGGGAGUCUUGUGGGUUUGUUAUGUAUAGCAGUACAUCAUCUGCGAAUGCGCUAAUCUUAACCUGUUUGUCCCCUAGGUGUAUUCCCUUUAUAUUCUCAUUUAAGCGUAUGCGGUGUAAGAGGGGUUCUAAUGCAAGGACGUAUAAAAGUGGGGAUAGGGGGCACCCCUGUCUCGUACCGUUGGUAAUCGGAAAGGUGGGGGACAGGAAACCUGCUUGAUUUACCUGUGCCGCGGGCGAGGAAUAGAGUGCAAAGAUUUGUUGGAUUAUUUGUGGGGGGAACCCAAAUUUCUCAAGAAACCUGUUUCAAGAAGACCCAGCCGAGGCGGUCAAAGGCCUUCUCCGCGUCCAGCGCUAGGAGGAGGCUCCCUCGACCAGGCCUCCCGAGCUCCCUUUGCACCAGGGCCAAUUUUCGGGUGUUGUCUAAGCCCUGUCUGCCUCUCACGAAACCUGUCUGGUCGUCCUGUAUCAAGUGUGGUAGGAUUGUGCUCAUUCUAUUCGCCAGGAUUUUUGCAUAGAUUUUUGCGUCCGUGUUAAGUAGGGAAAUAGGUCUGUAGUUCUUGCAUAGGUCUGGGGAUUUGUCAGGUUUGGGGAUUGUCACUAUCGUGGCUAGUAAUACUUCAGGAGGCAGGAUACCGGUAGUGGCCGUCUGCUGGUACAUUUUUAGGAGUUGCGGCGCCAGUGUGGCUCCGAACUCUUUAUAGUAAGCGUUGGGGAGUCCAUCUGCCCCUGGGGACUUCCCUGGGGGGAGUUGCUUAAUAGUACUGAUGAUUUCUUGUACAGUAAUGGGUUGUAAUAGGGCCUGACAUUGGCCCACUGUCAGUUUGGGCAGUGUAAUGUCUGCAAGGUAUUGGGCUGUUUCCGAGGGUUGAGGGUGAGGUCUAGUGUCAUCCGUGCGGAGAUUGUAUAAGUUAGAGUAAAAGGUUGCAAAUGUGUUACUGAUUGUUUGUGGGUCAAUAUGUUUCUUGCCGUCGUCGUCUAUUAUGUGGGAUAUUUUACAUUGGGUCGAUCUAGCCCUGAGCCGUGCCGCUAGGUGUUUGGUGGGUUUGCCGGAGGUGUGGUACGUGGUGGCCCUGAGCCUAUGAAGAAGACCGUUCGUUCUUUCCGCCUGUAGUUUAGUAAUGGUCAUCUGCAGGUCGUUUAUUUGGUUUAAGCACGUUUGCAUAGGUUGGGCUUUAUUUUUUGUACUGACCUCAGCCAAGGUUUUGUAAGCAUCCAGUAGCGUGAGCUGGUGCCUCCUCUUAAGAUAGGAGGACCUUCUAAUAAAAAGUCCUCUAACUACGGCUUUAUGGGCGCACCACACCGUGCUGUGUGUGAUCUGUCCUGUCCCGUUCGUUUGAAAGAAUUCCGUCAGUGCGGUCUGGAUCGAAUCUCGAAAGGUGGCCUCCGCCAGGAGCGAUUCGUUAAGUCGCCACUGUCCCCGCCCUCUGAAUUGAAAGUUAUCGUGUAGGUGUAGGUGUACUGGACCGUGAUCUGACCAUGUGAUUUCCCCUAUCCUGCAGUCUCUUAAUUGCGCUAGUGUGGCAUUGUCUAGGAAAAAGGUGUCAAUUCGAGUAUAUGUGUUGUGGACUUUCGAGUGAAACGUGUAGUCAGCCUGUGUGGGAUGCAAUGUUCACCAGGCGUCAUAGAGUCCGUGUUGUGCCAGUACUUUGGCAAUAGUUGUACAUGUGUCUGCUAUAUGUGAUUUCCUCCUACCCGUGGGGCGGGCAGUCGUGUCUAAGGUCGGCAGUUGAAUAAAGUUAAAAUCUCCACAUAGGAUCAGUCCUCCUGUCCUUACCUCAUCUAUGGUGAGGAGGAGAGUUUGUAAGUAGCGUUUGGGUUCUAUAUUAGGAAAAUAUGCCGCAGCCAAGGUAUACAUUGUGUUAUUAAACAUGCCCACGAGGACGAUAAACCUGCCCUUAGGAUCCACGAUUUUUCUAUGGAGUGUGAGGGACGUGUCUUUAUGGAUGAAAAUUGAGACUCCUUUAGUUUUGGUAUCUGAAAGGGCGUGGAACUGGGUCGGGUAGUAUUUGUUAUAAAUACUCGGAGUAUGAUCCCUCUUAAAAUGGGUCUCCUGGACACACGCAAUGUCAACUCUCUCUUUUUUCAGGUCUCUGAGUAGUAGGCUCCGUUUGCCAGGGGUAUUAAGCCCUUUGACAUUAAGGGUCGUAAUUUUCAUAAAUGACUAAGUGUAAGGUUGUUGCGGUGGUGGCCCAGUGGGAUGGUGUCCCCGUGGAUGGAGCUAUGUAGAGUAAUCGGCUCUUGUCGUAGCAAUGCACUCUAGGACUACCUGUCCUUGUUGGUGGAAUUGGUGAUGCCGGGUGGUGAUGGGGGGGGGGAGGAAACUAUAGGAGGAAGGAAAAAUCCCGCAACUGCGGGUGAGAAAACGCUCAGCAAGUCUGAGCAACAGUGUGGUCUGGUUUUCCCAGACCCACACAAAGUGGGGGCGGCUUCGAGUGUCUCCAUACCGUACAUAGAGUCACUCUGGCCCAGUCGGGGCUGCUGGGAUGCAUUGAUGUAAUGAGGCAGCAUUUUUACAGGUCAUGACUAUGCUGCGGCGUACUCCCAAGCGUACAGUGGUGUGCUCUACUAUUAAAGAAGUGAUGAGGACGAUCACUGGUCAUGGAAGUAGAGUAAACGAGGGAUGGUUCUUGACCAUAGAGCAUAAAAAGAACAAAGAAAAGACAUGUAUAUAAACCUUAAAAUGUUAAACAAUAAGACAUCUCCUUCAAGCAGGGGUAUGUAGUGUGUGUUUAGGUAAGGUGCCUGCCUUGGGCAGGUGCUCGUCUCAGUGUAUGCUUGCGAUGCUCCAACGCGGGCCCCUCUAGAGUGAUCAGUACUCAAGUCUUAACGUGUGGUGGCUUUAAGCUGAGUGUACUACUCUAGCCUUAGUGGGGCAGAUUCAGUAACCAUGGGUCGCCGUAUACGGCGAGGCAUGGUAGAUGCCUUGGUGCGAGGUGUACCACAACUAGUUCGCUUGAGGCGUGCAUAGGAUUUUUUUUUUUGUUUUGUUUGUUUUUUUUUUUUUUAUUAUUAUUAUUAUUAUUAUUAUUUUUUAAACAAUUUUUAUUUAUUUAUUUAUUUAUUUAUUUAUUUAUUGCCUCUCCAUGCGCCCUGUUCAACUGCUAUACAGGUGUGGACAUGCUAAUUGGGCAGUGUCGGGUUCUAACCUUAAGCUCUAUCGUUGCAUCGAAGUGGACAGUUCGCAUAAAACAUAAGUGUCAUCAGCAUCUCUCUAAAACAUAUAACAUGCAUUGGUAUACAAUACCCUACUCGGGAGGACCUUCUGUCCUUAGGCGGGAGUCCAUUCCGGCGUCAGUCUGGGGACUUUAGCCGGUGAGGACGCCAAAGGCGGAGGCAGCGGUAUACCCCAGUCCUGUAGCUUUUUCAGGCCAUCAGUUUCCGUCGCUACGGCAUGGAUCACCCCCUGCUUCUGCACCAACAACUUAGCCGGAUAUCCCCAUCGGUAGCUGAUAUCGUUGGAUCGGAGCGUGGUAGUGAUCAGGGACAUCGAUUUUCUAAACUGCAGUGUGGCAGCUGACAGGUCUGCGAAGACUUUGAUGUUAGCGUAUGGUUCAGGAAGGGAGGCGUUUCUGCAGGCUUUUGUAAUGCGCUCUUUCACGUGGUAGAAAUGGAUGCGUGCAAUUACAUCUCUCGCUGUAAUGGCGGGUAGGUGGUUAGGCCUGCGCAGGCGGUGGGCUCUAUCGAUGACCAAGAGGUCAGGGUGGGUAGAUGGGAUUAAUUCCUGGAACAGGUCGGUCAAGUAUUUGUGCAGUUCUGUGGAUUAAACUGAUUCUGGUAUACCUCUGAAGCGAAGAUUAUUCCUCCUGGAUCUGUCUUCCAGAUCUGCGACUUUGCGUUUCUGGGUCUCUAACGAGGUUUCCAGUUCUUGUUUCUGCAAGGCUGUUGUGGGCCACUGCAAAAUCAUCCAGGGAGUUUUCUACAUGGGCUGUCCUGCUCCCAAUCUCCAGCAGCUCCUUUCUGAGAUCUGUGGUGAGCUCAUGCAUCUGCACUUUAAUGCUUGCCUGCAGUUUGUCAGAGAGCUCUGCCAUCAGGGUUCUCAUCCCUGCAACUGUGAGGGGACCUUCUUCUGAGGCUGAGCUUGGUGAGGGUGGAGGGGAGGGUGAAACCUCGCCUGAGCGCUGUCCGCCGCCAUCUUGGGCCUGGUCUUCCCUGUGUUUUCCCGCCGGAGCUCGCUUUCUCCGUUCGGGGGGUCUUCUCCUUGCUUCUGUGUGCCAUGGUGGGGGUGAGUAAUCUGUUUGCUGCUAGUGGUGCCGAUUAGUUGUGCCCCUAAAGACCCGAGCUGCGGGAGCUUCACAUUAACGCGGCCGGUCCCGUCGAGCUCCAAGCCACGCCCCCCCAUCUUAAAUUUUUAAGGAAGCACUUAUCUUAACUUUCUUUAUGUCACUAAUUUAAAGUGAACAAUGGAGCCAGGUGGGUGUAUCUUCUUCUAUUGAUUGCCUUUAUCGAUAGGUGGUGUUUUAACACCACAAGAAAUUCUCAUCCAGAAUUCCAACUAUCACUUUGUAUAAGGGGUUAAUUGAAUUUCUUAAUGCCUUUGACAUCAUAAGUCUUAUUCUAUGGGGCACCGUUUAUCAAAUAGUCUUCAAAGGGACUUCUCAGACAUAGCGACUACUUUGUGGGCCGUAAAGUAUGAUUUUGACGUAUCUGGCCUCUCUUUCACCUUCUUUCAUACAAUGGAACCUUGUAUCAACUCAUUAAAUGUAAAAAGUAGAAUUAAAGGAUCACUAUAGGGUCCUGAACACAAACAUGUAUUCCUGACCCUAUAACGAAAACCCACCAUUUAGGUGGCUUCUAGGCCGAAACGGAAAAACUGAAAAUUCAGGAUGCCCUUGCCCGAAAAUCGAAAAUGACUUUUUUUUCUCCAAAUGAUUUUAUUUUUUUUAUUUUUUUUUAUAAUUUUCUUAAUAUUAAACUUUUUAAUGAAUUAAACAAGCAAUAUAAACUCUGAAUAUUAAGCUCACAUAGGUUAGUAUGCAGUCAGAAUACCAAGUACUGAGCGUGUUACUAAUUUAUCCCUAUACACAAAGGGUGGCUCUGCACACAUGCAAGCAGUGCACUGUCCACAAGGUAAAAAAAAUAAUUAUAUAUAUAUAAAACAGUCCACAAUGUCCUUGCACUCUGGCUUCAAAAUAGUUAAACCGGGUGCUUGAAGUCUGGGGAAAAUAGCACAUACCAAUAGAAAAGAUGACCAGCACUCACGGAUUCACAAAAAAUGAUUAAAAGUUAUAAGUUUAUUGAUCCAUCUUUAAAAAGCUGCUUCAACGUUUCAGUCCACGUCUGGGACUUUCAUUAGGAUGAAUCCGUGAGUGCUGGUCAUCUCUUCUAUUGGGGGAUAUAUAUAUAUAUUCUGCACAUCAAUGAAUAACCACCAAUAUGUUCAUUGCUGUACACGGCCAUAUAAAUGAAUGAAAAGGGAAACAAAUGUGUAUAUUACAUACACAUAAAUAUACAAAAUAUUUUUAAUCACAGUACACUCCAGGUACUCUGAUCAGUUUUUUCAGUUAGGAUUGCAUGGGAACACAUAAAAUAAGGUUUACUCUUGUAAUGCAAUCACUCUAUGUUCAUAGAACUCUGAAUGAACAGUGCUGUAUACAAAUUGUGAUGGACUAUGCUGGAUAUACAGGAAGCACUGCUGUACACGGCUCUAGGUAUGCUGUUGGUACGCAAACCUUUACAUGUACCAUCACAGGCGCUGCUCCCUGAUCCUACUACUUUACAUGUACUUGGUUGAUCUACAUAGCACUGGAUAUACUACAGGCUAUGUAUAGUAGCCAACACAAAAUGAAUUGGGAACAGGGCCGGACUGGGGAUACAAAGCAGCCCUGGAAAAAAAAAUUGUGCCAGCCCCAUAAGUCACUGCGCCAUAUAUUGUCGCGUGUAAUAUGUAAGGCUAUGUCUUGCCAGGACAGAUGAUUGAGUAAUAUAUAUAUAUAUAUAUAUAUAUAUAUUGCUUUUUCUAAUAUAAAAUAUUGGUCCUUUCAGGGUAAAACGUUUAAUUAUACAGUAAGCAUACGCACAUGCAGACACAGGCAAUUUCACUGACAUUUCAGUGACACACACAAGCUCAUUGAUACACAGCCUCAUAGACAAACAAUCUUACUGAUAUACAUCAGCUCAUUGACAUAAAAACACAAGCUCACUCACUAGCAGGCACACGCAUGCAAGCAAGCUCACUCACUAGCAGACGCACACACACAGCUUAAUGUGGUGGUACUGGUGUCUAUAGCAUGUCCCUACAGGCUUUUCAACGUAAACACUGACUUUUCAGACAAAAGGCAGUGUUUACAUUGCUUCAAAGUGACACUGCUAGUGACAGUCACUCAGACGGUCACUAGAGGUGCUUCCUGUGUUAGUGCCCUCCCGCCCUCGCGCGCUGCUGAAUGAGACUGGCGCCGGAAUAUGACGUCAUAUUCCGGCGCCGGUCUCAUUCAGCUGCAUGCUGGGGAGCAGAGCCAGCGCAGCUCCCUCAGCGGCCGCCAGGACAAGUCCGCCAGCGGCCGCCAAAAGACCUCCCCAGCGGCCAGGGGAGGGCUGGCAGCCUUAGGCCUGGGGGGCAAAACCAGUCAAGUAGACUGGUGCACCUGCCCAGGAUCAGAGCCGGUGCAAGGAUUUUUGCCGCCCUAGACAAAAUAAAAAUUUGCUGCCCCCACAUGUCACAUCACAAUGCCCCACCCAUAUGAUCUGCCAUAUGAACUAACGCCAGUGCUGCACACAGUGUGUGUUUACAUUAAAAAGCCUGCAGGGACCAGCUAUAGACACCAGAACCACUUCAUUAAGCUAUAGUGUCCCUUUAAUGUGAGGUAAAUUAUAGAUUAGUGUCACUAAUAAUAUACUAGAUUGCCUACUUACAAGCAGAUGAGGAUGAUGAUGGGCUGCAGUUUGGCUCCACUGGUCUGGUGUAGAACAGGAUUUCUGGAGGCUGUUUGCAACUGUGGUCACAAAAUUCAGUUGGAAGCAGCUCAAUUUUUUUGUGGCCCCUUACACAGCUCAAGGUCUGGGCCCCAGGGCCUGACGGUGAGUAUGCCCAUAAGGCCCACUCAUAAGUUCCACCCACCCAUGAGUUCGCUCACAGGGAGUGGAGUGUGUAGGGGAUGUGUUAUGUGUUAUUGUGGAGGAUCUAAUAUGUGUGCUUAUGGUAUGUAGUGUUUAGGGUUACCAGUUUGUGCAGGUGAUGCAGUGUGUUUGUGUGUAGUGGAAGCAGUGUGUAUUUGUGUAUAAGGGAUGUAUUAUGUGUUUCUGGUUGUGUGUAAGGGAUGCUUUGUGUGAAUCUGUGUAUGUAUGCAUAAGGGAUGCAAGGUGUGUGUCUGUAUGUGUGUGCAUGAGAUGCAUUGUGUUUCUGUGUGUAUGUAAGAAAAGAAGUGUGUGUGUUUGCAUGCGUGUGUACGGGUUUGCAUUGCCUGUUUCUGUGUAUGUGUGCAAAAGAUGCAUUGUCUGUGUGUGUAAGGGUUGCAUUGUGUGUGUGUGUGUGUGUGUGUGUGUGUGUAAUGGAUGCAUUGUGUGUUUCUCUGUGUGUAAGGGAAGCAUGUUGUGUUUCUGUGUAUGUAUAGGGAUGCAUUGUGUGUGUGCGUGCGUAGUGUGAAAGAGCUCCCUGUCUUGGCCCCUGUCCUAUAGAGCUGCCCCUUCUUAUUCUCCCCCCCUCCCCUCUUCUUAUUCCCCUCCCUCCCCUCUUCUUAUUCCCCCCCCUCUUUUUAUUCCCCCAUCUUAUUCCCCCCUCCCCUCUUCUUAUUCCCCUCCCUCCCCUCUUCUUAUUCCCCCCCUCUUUUUAUUCCCCCAUCUUAUUCCCCCCUCCCCUCUUUUUAUUCCCUCCCUCCCCUCUUCUUAUUCCCUCCCUCCCCUCUUCUUAUUCCCCCUCCCUCUUUUCUUAUUCCUCCCUCCCUCUUCUUAUUCCCUUCCCUCCCCUCUUCUUAUUCCCUCAUCUUAUUCUCCCCUCCCUCUUCUUAUUCUCCCCUCUUUUUUAUUCCCCUCUUUUCAUUCCCUCAUCUUAUUAUUCCUCCUCCCUCCCUCAUCUUCUUCUUUCUUCUCCCCUCCUCCCUCUUCUUACUAUUCCCUCUUUUUAUUCCCUCCUCCUCUCUCUUUCUACCCUCCCCUAUUCUUACCCCCUCCCCUGUAGCGUGGCCGAGCUGCACUCCGGUCCGCGGUGGCCGGCCGGAGUGAUAGGAAGGUGCACACUGAGUGUGCACUUCCUGUCAGUCCGGCCGGUUACAGGAAACAGAAACUCCGCGCGGAACAGGAGUUUCUGUUUCCUGUAACCGGCCGGACUGACAGGAAGUGCACACUCAGUGUGCACCUUCCUAUCACUCCGGCCGGCCACCGCGGACCGGAGUGCAGCUCGGCCACGCUGCUGGGAGGCUGCAGCCGCCUGAGGCUCUUCACAGAGCGCUCAGGCGGCUGCAGUAUUUAAAGGGCCGGCCCCAGGUGCCGACGGCCCACCUGGAAAUUUCCCGGUAUCCCGGUGGGCCAGUGUGGCCCUGAUUGGGAAUACUGUAGUUCAUAUUUGGUAAUCCCCGUGUUGGCACAGCACUGGUUAUAUCACAAGCAUUAAAAAGCCUUUUUUAUUGGAGGCUCACAUGCUGUGAAUUGGGAAUCUGCAGGCAUGUAACACUCACUGUACACAGCACAGGACUCUUUUUGUAGACGAUCAUGGACACAGCACUGUGUAUAUACAGAAUGUGAGUCUUUGUACUGGAUUAUCAUGGGCACAGCAGCGAGUAUACAGCAAUACUAUAAUAACCCUCAGUACACCGCACUGGGUAUACUCUACUCCCCCAGGGUGCCUUUGCUAGUUACCUUGAUUCUUUUUCUCCUGCUAGUUUUCUGGCCCUCGGGGGUCUCCGGUUGCCCCCUAUCCGCCCCAAUGCCCAGCCAUAAUGUUUGACCCUGCGAAUGGCCAGUGCUCUGUCCCCGGGAAAGCCCUCUCUUGCUUCUGUGGGGUCCUUUCCAGAGUGGCCAUGGUGUCCGGCAAGGCCAUGAUCCCAGAGGAGGAGGGAAGGGGUAGGUGCUCCCUCCCCCCGGCUGCCACUGAUCUCUGUCUUCUUCACGGUCAGCAUGGAGGGAUGCUGGAGCCGGGCACAGCCAGGGGAAACGGUGAAUCCUCUGUGUAUGUGUGAAAGGCAAGCAGUCUAUUUUCGUCCGAAAUGGGAUAGGCCCAUUUUCGGACGAAAUUUCGGUGCAUCCCUACACCAUGAAUAUUCAAUAUUAUUAACAUAUGUACUAUUUAUAUAUGAUUAAACAAAAUUACAGUUAGCCUAUAUGUGUGUGUGUAGAUAUAUAUAUAUAUAUAUAUAUGUGUGUGUGUGUGUGUGUGUGUGUGUGUCUGGGCUGGGCUCAUUCUACCCCCUUUGUUGCAGACAUAAGUUCUUGUAGACAAACCUUAUCUCUGGAAUGCGGCUAACAUAAAAGUUCUAAUAGAUAGAAACACAAAUGUAUGUCUGAGCUUUUGCAUUUUGUUACAAAUUGGAGUCACAUCUGCUAAGUGGUGACGCACAGUAUACAUUUUUUAUUUAAAUCUUAACACAAAAUGUCUGCCAGUGAAAAAUAUUCUGACAAUACACACAAUCGUGUGUGUGUAUAUUAUAUAAAUGUAUAUAUGUAUACACACACGCCACUAGAUCUCCUAUGCAUACACUUGCUACAUCCCCUAUACACACACACCCUCUAUCACUCUCUACAGCCCCUAGCCACACACAUAACACAACUUAAACCAACCUAUUUAUAUAAAACACCACACCACAGUUGGCUCACUCUAUACACACACACACACACACACACACAAUCUCAGGCUGGCUCCAAACACAUGCACAAUAUAUUAUAUGCUUUCCUGGCCCUUUUGUCCUCUGGUAUCUUACUUUUGGAGACAGCAGAGACAUGCAAGCAAACACAUCGCAAGCAUGUUAAUAAAUUUGCUUGCGCUGCAUAGAACAAAUACAGGGCCUUUUUCUCAUGCCAGUGCUCUUCAGUGUGGCUCUGCACAUGAACUGUCCUGGUAGUGCACUGAACCAACAUGCUUCCUUUGAGAGGGGACGUGCUUGUCAUUUGUAAUGAAAAAAUACCCCCUCUGGGGCCCCACCCACCUCCGCAGUGAGCCACUGUGAUAAAAAAAAUGCUCGGGCCAAAUUUUUUUUUCCCAUUCCAACCCUUCUUCUACCCAUGACUUUCUCUGUUUGUAUGUAUGCAAAAACUGGGAAUCAUGUAACAUUUGGGAUUUACGUUAAAUACCAGGUUAUGUCCUUAAAUUAAUAUUUUUGAAAAAUCAUAUAUAUAUAUAUAUUUUUAGACAUUGAUAUAUUUCUAUAUAAAUGAUGUUUGUUUGUUAUUUUUAAAUAUAAAAUGAUAUCAAUAUAUCAAAAUAUUUAUAUUUUUCAAAAUAGGAAAUAAAUCCUAGCAUAACCAAAAAUAUUGUAUUGAGGCCUAUGUCAGAACAACUUUGUUUUUGAUAUAUGUGGAAAUAAACAAAAUAAGAAAAAUAGUGGUUUUAAAAUAUAUCAAUUGCAUCUUAAGAAUCAUAUGAGCAUCAUGUACUGUAAUCACACUUUGUAAUAACUCACAAUGACAUAGCAUAAAAUGAGUGAUAACUAUAGUGACACAGGUCCCCGGUAUGUUAGUUUUUUUAAAAAGAGAAAUGUAAAUAGAAAUUGAUUGGAGUAAUAUUCAACUUCAAUGUUUUAUGGGAAGCAUAAUUAAUAAAUGUUAAAGUCUGUAUGAUUGGCAAUUAACAAACAUUCCAUGUGUAUCUUGGUUUUCAGACAUACUGGUCACCCUGAGCAUGGUUUUGGAGCAGUUUUACCACAUCAUAAUAAAGAACAUGGAAAAAUGUAAGUAUUCUAAGAAAUUCUUUUUGGAGGGAACUCCUUUAUUAUAUCCUAUUUUAUUUUUUGGUACAUGUAAUUUUUGUAUUUGUCAAAUUUCUAUAUAUUUUAAAGAAUCAGUAUGUUUUAUUUUAAUAUUUGUUAAUAAAAAAAAAAAAUUAAUAAAAAAAAAUGAGGAUUAUGUGGCAUAUACCCUUACAAUUAUAAGCCAUGUUAUUAUUUGCACUGGGACAUAUGCACAUGUUUACAAUUGUAUACUGCAUAAAGUGAGAAUUCUAAACUAAUUUGAAAUUUAAGGCCAAAGUAGCUAACUUGAAGCAUAGCUGUCUUAGAGAAUCUUUAAAAGUUCCAUUAAAUUCGUUAUUUAACCCCUUAAGGACACAUGACAUGUGUGACAUGUCAUGAUUCCCUUUUAUUCCAGAAGUUUGGUCCUUAAGGGGUUAAUGCAUCAAUUUUGAUUUCUAACCAUGGUAUAGUGCCUCCCCUGUGCCCUAUGCAAUAAUAUAUUUACCUAUAGCAAUGCACAGCAUCAUUUCAGUACUCUCAUGACACAUGCUACUCUGACAUCAAUUUUAAAUGUGGCAAAUGACACGUGCCAUUCUGACAUCGAUUUUAAAUGUGGCAAAUGACGACUCUUAUACUAUUGUUAAUGAUCUUUUGAUGUAAGCAGAUCCUGCGUCAAAUUCACAUUCUCUCUAUUAUGCACAUUCUGUAAUCGCAGGCAUGAUGGAAACCAAUAGAAUUCACCCCAGGGGUAUACUUCUGGGUUUCUUAUGAUUUCUUGCCCUGUUGUGGAUCCUGUUUACCUGAUAGUGCGUUCCUUGUAUCUCUAUUAAUUAUUUGGUUACUGACGCUGGGUUGUUUGACUGCUCUGGUCCUCUGUAUUGUGUCUUUCUGUGUUCCUUGGUUUUGGCUUGAUCACAACUCCUCUUAGUCUGUUUUCCGACAUUCUGUUUACCUAGACUUAGCACUCGCUUGGACACUGUAAGGACCAGUAGCCAUCAAUAAUUUGGAGCAGCCAAUAGUACUAUAAGUUAUAAGCUCCAACAGUACGCAGUUUAGUGAAUAACCCUGUCAAUGUCCAGGCCUCUAGGCAGGUGCCGCAAACUUAAAUUAUUUUGUGUGUCAGGACAAGUAGAUUGUUGUGGCGGACACGUAGAAGGGGCUAUGGCUUGGAGAAGUAUAUUUUAGUUUUUUUUAAAUGCCACACCCCUGUAAGGUAUAUAGUUAAAGGGACACUAUAGUCAGUAGAAAAACUACAGUUAAUGUAGAUUUGUCUGGUGUCACUGUCUAUUUCCUGUCCCUGCAGGCUUUUAAUGUAAACACUGCCUUUUCAUGCAUUGACAGCAGUAUUAUCUUGGCCUAAGUGGAUAAAUAAGUAACAAGAAGUCGUAUCCAUUCUCAUAAACUGGAUACAAGAAGUAGUUAAAGGAUCACUAUAGGGUUUCCCCACAGAGAAAGCAUUGGAUUGGCUAAAAACCAUUUUGGCCAAUCAGGACCUCCUCAUAGAGAUGCAUUGAAUCAAUGCAUCUCUAUGAGGAAAAUUCAAUGUCUCCCCAGCGUCUCUUACUGUGCAGCCCUGAGCCUGGAAGCCCCUCCAGUGGCCAUCUAAGGAGUGGCCACUUGAAGGGGGUUGCUAGGGGCAAUGUAAACACUGCCUGUUGUCUGAAAAGCCAGUGUUUGCAUGUAAAUGCCUGAAGGGAACUAUUAUACUCACCAGAACAACUACAUUAAGCUGUUGUUGUUCUGGUGACUAUAGUGUCCCUUUAAAGCUAAAUGGCCAUGCUUCUCAGACUGCCUUUUCUAUUUCUGUGUAUACAUACAAAUUUGCUAUAUGUUUUGAGUGGUGAUUGGCUGAUUUCCCCUAUCAAAGUGUAAAUGACAAACAGUGAGAUAAUAAGUCUAGUAUAUGUUGCUCACAUGGGAGUUUCCCAAAUCAAUACUAACUAUAGACUUGAUGACUGCAGUCUCAGCCACAUAUGUAGAGGUUUUUUUUAUUGCUAUCUGGGAAUAUGUUGCAAUACAUUACAUAAUGUUCAUUUUUUUUUUUUUUUACAUUUGUAUCAUAUGUUUUAAUGUCCUUUGGGCAAUAAUGCUUCAGAACCUGUAGUGUAAGGUCUAGGCCAGGGGUAUGCAACCUUUGUCAUUUCAGAUGUUGUGGAAUACAUCUCUCAUAAUGCUCUUACAGCCAAAAUACUGCCAAAGCAUCAAGGGAGAUGUAGUCCACAACAUCUUGCCAAACCCCUACGACCUGCUGUUCUCCUAGGUCCCACCCCCAGUGAGCAACAUAAGCAAGUUUGCUCCAAACCAUAGCAUUAGUUACGCAUGGCAUUGUAGAUGACCAUAGCAUUAGUUACACAUGGCAUUGUAGAUGACCAUAGCAUUAGUUACACAUGGCAUUGUAGAUGACCAUAGCAUUAGUUACACAUGGCAUUGUAGAUGAGUUCGAUAAGGCAUUUACCUGAUCCAGCUUCACAAAGGGUCUCAAAGAAUGUAGUACUUCAUGUUGCUGGUUGUUUUACCUCAGUGUAAAUAUGUAAAAACACUGUAAAUAUCUAAAAUAGUCAGUGGAAUGAAAAUGGUAGAGCCUUUCCAAGUCAGGGGAAAAAAACUACAGUAGACACCUGAUAUACCGUAUAUACUCGAGUAUAAGUCGACCCGAAUAUAAGUAGAGACCCCAAAAAACUGGGAAAACUCAUUGACUCGAGUAUAAGACUAGGGUGGGAAAUGCAGCAGCUACUGGUAAAUUUCUAAAUAAAAUUAGAUCCCCAAAUAAUUAUAUUAAUUGAAUAUUUAUUUUGUGUAUAUAUUGAAUGCAGUGUGUGUGUGUGUAUAUAAUGCAGAGUGUGUGUGUUUGUAUGAAUGCAGUGUUUGUGUGUGUGUGUGUGUGUGUGUAUGAAUGUAGUGUGUGUGUGUGUAUGAAUGCAGAGUGUGUAUGAGUGCAGUGUGUGUGUGUGUGUGUAUGUGAUGGAGAGUGUGUAACCUUGGUGGGGGGUGGGCAUUUUUAUUAUUAUUUUUAAUUAUUAUUUUAAUAAAUUUAGUUUUUUUUUAAUAUUUUUAUUUUAUGUUUAAUAUUAUGAAAUGUUUUAUUCUAUUAUAUUAUUAUUUAAAUUUUUAUUUAUAUUUUUUUGUCCCCCCUCUCUGCUCGAUAUAUGGCCAGGGAGAGGGGCUCUCAUUCCCGGGUGGUCUAGUGGCAUGGGCUGUGUAGAAGGGGGGCUGGCAGCGAGCUGUAACUUACCUUUCCUGCAGCUCCUGUCAGCUGUAACGCUUUGACGCCGCGGCUCUUUACAGUGGAGGAGAAGGGAGCUGACAGGAGCUGCAGGAAAGGUAAGUUACAGCUCGCUGCCAGCCCCCAACAGGACCACCGGGCUUGUAAUUAGCCCGGCGGUCCUGGUCUGUAUUAUGGCAAUGUAAGUUGCCAUAAUACAGACAUUGACUCGAGUAUAAGACGAGUGGGGGUUUUUCAGCACAAAAAAUGUGCUGAAAAACUCGUCUUAUACUCGGGUAUAUACGUUAAGUAUUUAAAUAUUUGGAGGCCAACACCUUCUGGCCACACUGAUGGUAAUACACUUUUAAUUACUACAAAGAAUGAAUAUGUAAUUUCAAGGAUGAAAUGUAGCGACUGUAAAAAAUAAAAACAUAGAUUUAAAAUAAUAAAAUGCUUGAGGUGCUUUUCAUUGAGGAAUUAUAAGACCAAACUGGUCAGCAAAAUGUGAAUUAGACCAGUAAGUGUGUAAUAACCCAUUGCGCUAUAUAUAUAUACAGGCAUAUACAGGUUUUUUUAAUGCAUUUAUUUAUUUUUAGUUCUUAUUUCUGUGUAUUUUAACAAGAAAAAAAUCACAAUACAAUGGGCAUGUAGAUUGCUCUGGUUUAAAAUAACAGAAUAAGAAAAAUAAUGAUAACAACAAUAAUAAAUUAACAUAACAUCGUUAUAUAGAACAACACAAGUUUUUCUUGUAUACUAGACAUUUUAUGGUGUCAUGUCGCAUAAUGAAAAACGUCAGUCUGGAAAAUUAUUGCAUAGUACAGGAUUUUAAGGCUUAUUUUUGCCUGCAAAACGUCCUGAAUCCUUUGUGAUGUGGAUUCAUUAAGGUCUUUGUCACAAAUACCACCACUCCCAGGUGGGUAUGGGACUAGCUUCAGUGGAAACUAUUAAAAAUUACUUUUUGUCUGCACCAGACCCCCCAAAAUAACAAUAACAUUUAUCUUUUUAUACCCACACCUAUUGUAAUAGAAAAGAAGCUACCACAAUUUAUAAAUGGGGCAUCGUAGGCAUGGGUGUCCGCAGGGAAGGGUAAGAGGUGGCACUUAUCCACCGCCUGGAUUUUUUAACUUGCCUCCUCCCCCAGGGCUCACUGAGGGCGCCACAGUGGAGAGCCUGCAGCUGAACGAGCCAGCAGGGAGAUCAAAAGAUCUCAUGUUGUCAUUUGGGGCACAUCCAUUUGCAUGUUGUCAUUUGGAGCACAAGUGAUUUUCACUUAGUUUGUAUUUGGGCAGCUGCGUAACUCUUUAAGUGCAUACAGCAUUAAUAGAGAUCAUACAGAGUUGUAAGAAGUAGGCAAUACAAAAUGACCUAAAAAUAACCUAAAAUAGAAAACUCAUUAUUAAAAGAUGUUAUUUGGGGGGGCGGAGUCUGGCCACCAUCUUAGAUGGCCACAUUCUAGAGGAGCUCCUGAGGCAAGGGGACAUAAAUGUUUCAUAAAUAAAUUAUUAAGCCUGGAUGACAGAGAAUUUUACACAGAAAGAGACACCUGAACAACUGGCAACAAUGCAGAAACAAAAAAUAAAUGGAAAAAGACGUGCCUGUACUGCAAAUGCGAGCAGCUGCAGCUGAAGGGGUGAGUAAAGGCCUGCAUGGGCGGGGGAGGGGGGGUCUUACCCUCCAUCUCCCUAAAAGACAAAGAAUUGGUAGAUGAUGGUGACAAUUUAAUAGACUGUGAUGUACUGGAGGAAGAAAUAGGCUCCAUUUAUUAUUCUUCUAUGCAACAAAACAUCAGGCAUGAAGCCUCUACCAAGAUGGCUACUAAUGAGACUUCUAUUAAUGAUUUUACCACACCCAAGAUGUCUACCACUGUGUACAUGUAACCACUGCCACCACCAAGAUGGCCACUGCCACUUCUAACAUGGAAACUGCCACAUCCAAGAUGGCUUCUUCAGGAUUCAAAACCAUGACCUACAAUCCUAAUAUGCCGCUUGAAAUGGCAGAGGAUUUACCACCUUCUGCUGGUAUGAUUAUUCAACUUAUACAAAACUUGUGAGUGGAUUUAAAGAAUGACUUUAGAAAAGAUUUUGACACUAUGUACAGAGUUUUAGAAAACAUUGGUCAAAGUACAGAAGAUGUUGAAUACAGAAUGCAGGUGCAAGAAUAAUCACAUUUAGAUCUGGUUAACACUGUGAAGGAACUUCAGAAACAGGUCAACUUGCAAGCGGAUGGCAAAUGGCAGAUUCUGAAGACAGGAGCAGGCGUAACAAUUUGAGGAUCAGGGGGAUACCUGAUAAAGUGGACACCUCGGACUUGAUACAUUAUUUCCAAAAAAUGGUUAAAACGAUUUUACCCAAAGCUACUGAUUUAGAUCUAAUAGUGGAUCGUAUCCACAGACUCCCUAAAUCAGGCAAUGCACCUGCAACAGCUCCAAAAGACACCAUAGUGAGACUACACCUUUUUCAUAUAAAACAUGAAAUCCUGAGCACUAUUCGCAAAUCAGGUCUCCCUGCGGAGUAUAAAUAUAUCAAAGUUUACCAAGUGAGAUGCCGCAGAGAAUUUCAACCCUUCACGACAGAGCUGAGACAAAGAGAGAUUCGUUACAGAUGGGGAUUCCCUGUAAAAUUAUUUUCAUAUUGAUGGCAGAAAUUUCACAAUCACUUCUCCUGAGGAAGGGAUGGAUCUUCUUAAUGCCAUGAACAGACGUCAAAAUCAACCUCACGUAACCUCACCGUCUACUCCAAGACACACCCACAAGAAAAGUAGGGUGGAUGACUCUUGAAGCUACUUUCUUUUAAUUUUUUGAAGGCACAAAAGCUCCAGCAUACGUAUUGCCGGUUUGGAUUUAUUACUUUCUCCACGUUGUUUUAUCACAUCCAUUUUAUUACUUACAAAUUGUUUUUUCUCUUUCCCUUUUUUUUUUUUUUUUCCCGCUCUCUCAUUUUUUGGUUCCACAUUCUUUGUUCUUUAUUGUGCAUCAACACUUGGUUAAAUGUCUAUAGGAUAGUGACGUUUUUGAAUGUAUAUUACUGAUUUCUGAUAUAGGCCUGGGACAUACUGAGCAUAUAUCGGACUUCAUUAGAGAUAUGUUCACGGAACUAGAAGAACUCCAUUCAUUAUUGAUUUUCUCUGCAUACCACUGUUCAUUUUUAAUUUUUCUUUAAAGCUUUGAUUGUUUUCCCCUUGGCGCAGGCAGUUUUUGCUGCUCCCAACCGAGGCCUAAUAACCUGAGAUGGAGAAUUAUUUUUUAUUCUCCCUCAUGGCCCUUUUUCUAAACAUAGGUUUUUUCUCUCCCUGUAUAAAGGAAUUUAUCCAAGUUUAUCAUUCCCCAUUUUUUAUUUUUCCUUUUUAUCCCAUCCAUUUACUAAUGCACUGUAAGCAAUUCAAGAAGCUAACAGGUUAUGCUUCAAAUGUUUUAGCACGCUCACUCUUGUCUAAACAAAUGUAUUUGUUAUUACGAUUGUUGGAUUUCAUAACUCUCCUCUUGGGACGAGUGCCUUCGGGCUCCCACAUUUCUAUACAAUCUCUUUUUAAUGGCUGUGUACUCUGAUUUGAGUCAUGGUCAUUAAACUCAUGUCAUUUAUUGUGAGGGGCCUGAACACCGCUCACAAGAGGCGACUAUUCAAAGAAGUCAAAUCCAACAAAUCAGAUAUUGUCUGUAUUCAAGAGACUCAUCUUAAGGAAGGAAAAGAGUACAAAUUUAUGACACGGUUAUUCCCUUCCCAAUUUCAUUGCACUUACAAAACUAAGUCUAGAGGUACCAUUUUUUUUUAGCAGGAAUGUGGCCAAUUCUACAGAAAAGAUAAUGACGGAUGAUGACGGGUAUUGGUAAGGUUAACAAUGUUAGGUAUACAAUUGUCAAUGUGCACUUUCCUAACACGGGUCUGCUUACUUUCUUUAGGAAAAUUAUGGAUUUGGUGAAUGAGAAGAUGAAAGGGACUUUGGUGAUGUGUGGAGAUAUGAACUUCGUUAUGGAUGGCGACUUAGAUAAUGCAAGGGAUAAUUUGGAUAAACUCCAUAGGAGAGAUAGUGAUAGAUUAGCUGUGAAAUUCUCGAAAUAUGUGGUUGAAUGUGGACUGUAUGAUCCAUGGAGAUUAAUGCAUGAGAAUGAAAGAGACUUUACUUUUUACUCAGUAUCCAAGAACAUGUAUUCCAGGCUGGACAGGUUUCUGAUACAGGGCGCUCUCAUACCACACAUCUCAAGAUCUGAUAUUUUAGAUAUCAAUUGGUCUGACCAUGCUCCCAUAACUUUAUAUAUAGACGAAAUGGUUUAUUUCUCCCCCAAUAGGCACUGGAAACUGAGUGAUUACUUAUUAGAUGAUCCUGAAAAUAGAUCGCUAGCUGAAGGGAUACUGAAUGACUAUUUUUUUGAAAAUGUUUUGCAUGAGGUUCCUGGCGAGGUGACAUGGCAUGCGCACAAGGCUGUGUUGAGAGGCCAUUUCAUUUCUAGGGCGUCUCACUUGAAGAGGAAAAAUAACAGCAACUUAAGAAAUUUGGAAAAAGAACUGUACAACCUAAAUCGGGCAAAUAAAUUCGGCCCAUCUUCCUCGCUGUCAGCAAUGAUAGGGGAGAUUAAAUAAAAAAUUCACAAAAUAAAUUUGGAUCGAACUACUCUCAUGGUGAGACUCCUCAAGAAAGUGUUUUAUUUAAAUGGUAACAAGGCCUCAACUUUCCUGGCGUCCAAACUCCGGCAGGUGAAUGCCCAUUCUAAAAUUGCGUACUUAAUAGAUGACCAGGGACAAAAAACAUUUCACCCGAAUAAGAUUAGUGACCAAUUCGCCAAAUAUUAUAGUAUACUUUAUAACUUGGAAUCUGAUGUAAAUCUCACCCAGCCGUCUGAGGCGACUAUUAAUAAUUUUUUAGACAGGGUUUCGUUGCCUCGGCUGUCUUCUGAUAAUUUGGAAAAAUUAGAGCGUGAUAUAUCUGAAGCAGAGAUAGCUGAGGCGAUUAAGCUCAUGCCAUCUGGAAAGGCCCCUGGUCCUGAUGGAUUCACCAUUUUAUACUAUAAGACCUUUGCAAAAACUUUAAUUCCUCAUAUGUCCAAAUUAUUCAACUCCUAUUAAUCCGGGGGGAAGAUGCCAGGAGAGUCUUUGUCAGCACAGAUUGUCACCUUGCCAAAACCGGGUAAAACUCCCGACAGAUGCUCUAAUUAUAGGCCCAUUAUCCAUUAUUAAUAACGACAUAAAAAUUUAUUCUAAGAUACUAGCGAACCGAUUAACUAAUCUAAUACCUUUAUUGAUCCAUAAUGACCAGGUAGGAUUCGUGAAAGGUAGACGAGCAGCUGAUGGAACGAGACGGUUCAUUAACUUAAUUCACCAUAUCAAUUCAUCAAAAACUCCUUCUCUGCUCCUUUCAUUGGAUGCAGAGAAGGCGUUCUACAGUGUACAUUGGGGAUAUCUAUGGAAGACACUGAGCAGAUUUGAUAUUCCACAGUCUUUUUUAUUACUGCGAUAAAGGCACUAUACAGUGCACCCACAGCUCAUGUAUCAGCCUCUGGUUUCCAAUCCAGAACGUUUUCUCUAACUAAUGGGACGCGUCUAGGAUGCCCCUUAUCUCCAAUUCUUUGUCCUGGCGAUGGAACCCCUGGCCGAACUGAUUAGGACGACCCCAGAAAUCGCAGGUAUUAAUAUCAAGGGAUCCACUCAUAAAAUAGGGUUAUUAGCAGAUGACGUCAUUCUAGCACUCAAAAACCCAAAAGACUCUCUGAAAUCUCUCAAUACUAUUCUACUCCAGUUUGGAGAAGUGUCUUAUUAUAAAUUAAAUGUAUCCAAGACCCAGGCCCUACCUUUCCACUUGCAUAAAUCUGAUAUGGAUGAAUUAAGACUAUCAUAUCCGUUCGAAUGGAGGUGGGAUUACCUGGAAUAUUUAGGAAUUAACUUAUCCAAACAUUUACCCAAUAUGCAUAUUCAUAACUUGAAGAGGGCAUGGCCGGACCUACACAAGGAGAUGGAGAGAUGGGGUGGUAUAGAGUUAUCGUGGUUAGGAAGAAUUGCUUUUAUAAAAAUGUCAGUCCUCCCAAAAAUCUUGUACUAUUUUAGAACUAUCCCCUUAUCUAUUCCAAUGUCCUUCUUUAACAAAGUACAUUCAAUAAUGCUAAAAUUUAUUUAGAACAACAAACCCAGCAGAAUUAAGCUUACAUCCCUGCAGCACCAAAAACUUAAUGGGGGCAUUGGUGUCCCUAAUUUCAGAAAGUACUACUUUGCAACUAACGCUGCAGUGGUUGUAAGCUUUAAUAGUAAAAAAAAAAAAUAGCCCGAGAUGGAUGGAAAUGGAGGAAUCUAGCAUUCUCCCCUUUCAACUCAGGGAUUUACCCUGGCUAAACCCUGUAAGGAGACCUGGAGUAACUAAAAUGUUUAUGACCACUAAGACCACACUUAAAGCCUGGGAUAUCAUAUUUAAAAACAACUGCCACUUGACAAAACUAUAUAGAGCCAUACCAAUUGAAUCUUUAAAAUACUACAUCCCGACCUUAAACUCAUCAUUACUUAAAGAACACCGACUGUAUCAUAUAGACGACUUUUUCCAUGGAAACUCUAUUCUGUCUUAUGAAAGAUUACAAUUUAAGCAUAGACUGGCGACCGAAUGUAAGGAUGAAUAUGAGUUGGUGAUUGAGAAAUUAAAAGAAAUACACAACAUACCGGAAACCGACAAAAAUUAUAAAGCACUAGAAAUAUCACAACUAGAAAAGCUAUUUUUGCAUGACCCGAAUAGGAAGGGCAUUAUAUCUAUCUGUUAAAUGUUACAUAGUGAUAAACCAUCAAUUAAACUGAAGCAUAUGUUAUCCUUGGAGACGGAGCUGGGUUCCCAAUAUAAGUUGGAGGAUUGGUUCAGUUUUUUUUUCAGCUCUGAAGGGCCUAUCUUUCUGCUCCAACCAUCACGAAAACCACUUUAAAAUUCUGUAUCGAUGGUAUCUGGCCGCGUCUAAAUUGCAUAAUAUUAAUAAUAAGUACAGCGACAGAUGUUGGAGAGAUUGCGGAGGACUGGGCAACAUGGUCCACAUAUGGUGGUUUUGCCCAAGACUGACUAGAUAUUGGAAAAUGAUACAUGACUUGAUUAUUAAGGUGAACAGUAACAUAGGUCGCUUCACAUUUGAACUGGCUCUAUUUAAAAAAUUCCCUGAAUCCAUCAGUAAAAUUGAUAUAAUUAUAGUAGGCCACAUUCUGAUAGCUGCAACCACAUGCCUACCUAGAUAUUGGAAAUCUAAAAACUCAUCCUCAGUUAAAGAAGUACUAACACUAACACUAGAAAACAAAUCAUACGAAUUAUCACAUAGAAAUAACACACAUAUAUUUGCACAAUUGAAAUACCACUGGGAUCAAUGGGAAACUGAUGUAAAAAAAAAUAUAACCUUUAAUAACUUGUUAUGGAAUGUUUUUCAACUUAAGUGCCUUGUACGUUAACAUACUUACCGUUUUAAUGGAUGGAUACCCCCUUUUUUCCCACUUCCAAGUUUUCCCUUCCUUUUCCCUCCCCUAAUAUAUUGUUUUUUUAUUACUUGUAAAAUCUGCAAAAUCUUUCAAUAAAAAUUAUUUGAAUGAAAAAAAAAAUUGUUAUUUGCAGAAUAUGAACAUGUGAGAAAUCAGGACAACAGAAUUAGUUAAAGGACCACUAUCAUUAGGUCCCCCCCACCCUCAGGGCCCCCAUCCUGCUGGGCUGAAGGGGUUAAAACCCCUUCAGCCACUUACCUUUCUCCAGCGCCGGGCUCCCUCGGCGCUGGUGACCUCUCCUCCCCCUGCCGACAUCAGAUCCGCAUGCACGCGCAUUCAAACCGCCCAUAGGAAAGCAUUACUCAAUGCUUUCCUAUGGACGUCCAGCGGAAUUGCGGAAACAGUGAGACAGCCACUAGAACUGCUAUGUUUUCAGCUGCAGGGUUAAAACCUGGCACCCAGACCACUUCAUUCAGCUGAAGUGGUCUGGGUGCCUUUAGUGGUCCUUUAAGGCUUAAAUAUGCAGGGAUUGCUUUGUACUUAGUAAGCAUGCAAUAAACAAAUCCCAAUAACCGAACACGUAUCAAACAGGCUGUUACAGUGAAACAAAUCCAGUACUUUUUUUUUUUUUAAAUAACCACCAAGUUUGGGCCUGACAUAUAUUUAGGCAGUCUGUUGCAACAUCUACAUGAUUAAUAAACAAUGUAGGUCCAAUGAGUGCCUGAAUACCCAGAGGGCAGACAAAUGAAACCUUAAAAUAAAUACAACAACAACAACAAAGUGUAUAAAACACAAAGUGGAAGUGCACCCUUCCAAAGGAAUACAGAUGUACAGUUAAUAAGUUUAUACUUAAAUGUAUACACAGAUGGCAAGCAGAUCUCCGCAGUGCCUAAAAAAAACAAUAACAUAGAACAUAGUGUGUACUGUACAAAUAAAGUGAGUAGUAGAUUAUAAAUGGUUACACUCACGAAUUUCAGAGCCAUAACAGGCUUUGUAUAGCAAGCCCAAAGGUGCAGGCUAAUGAUGAGUACCCAUGGACCAUGAACCACUGGUAACAGAUGGAUCACGGAGAUACGGAUAACAGCAGCAGUAGAUGAAAAUAUCAAAAAUUUAUUGUAAAUAAAACCACACGUAACCAAGCCAUGACCGGGCACAAUAUAUAUAUAUAUUGUGAUAAAGUGAAUGGUGUUGUUUGUGAGGGUGUUUAUAUUUCUGCUAAUUUCCUCAGAGAGGCAUAUGACAUUAACCCCAGGGGGAGUAUGUGUUGCAUGCAACAUAAAUUAAUGUCUAGGAGAUGGGCCCCCUGGGGUGGAGCAUUCGGAGAGUAGGGCGGGCCAAAGCUCCACUCCUGAGAGAAAUAAGGUCCAGGCAUGUGCAUGAGGACCUCCAGCGUCGCCAGACUCCCCAUAGGAAAGCAUUAAAUAAUGCUUUCCUACGGAAAGAUCUAAUGCGCGUGCGGUCAUUGCCGUGCAUGCGCAUUAGGUCUCCACCGUUGGCAGGGGAGGAGUGUGGGAGGAGCCUGACCCAACGCCGAGGGACAUCGGCGCUGGAUUUAGGUAAGUCACUGAAGGGGUUUUAACCCCUUCAGUAACAUAGGAUGUGGGGUGGAAGGGAGGGUGGCAUUGCAGGAUUCUGCAGUGCCAGUAAAACGGAUUUGUUUUCCUGGCACUGGAGAGUCCCUUUAAACCAUUUUUGAACGUUUUAACCCUCAAUGAGAGUCCCUGGCCACCCACAACCUGCCCCCACUAGAGAUCUUGCUAAGGCAGAAAUUACACACUUCCUUCAAUUGAUACCAGCAGUGGACACUGGGAUAGGCUAAAAGUGAACAGCUAAUACUCACAGCCAAUCACUGCCACCCAUUGCUGAUGAGACCAAUGCUUCCUCAGUGAGUGCUUGGACUAUAGUAUUAUAAUAAUACUAAGUAAGUGAAUUGUUGCUUUUAAAUUUAUUUCCAUGUGUUUUCCCCUUUUUUUUUCAGGAAUCUAGAAACUACAUACUGCACUGAUUAUACAUCACCAUAUCAUUAUUCACCACCUGUAAGUACUAAUAGAUAAGUAAUCUAAACCUUAUCUAAUAUUUUAAUACAUAAAUCACUCUCUCAGACACUUUUAGCGUGUAGCGCUCUUGUAAUACAGGUUUGUACAAAUAUAAGUAUAUCUAUUUUGCUGUAGCAAUAAAAAUCUAAGACCAUAGAGCAGGGGUUUCUAUUAAUUUUUCCCAUGGAACCCGUUGACAUAGUGUAUCAACAUCGAGGAACAACCCCGCCGCUGCCCAGUAAAAAAAAACAAAAAAAAAACUGUGCCGUUUUUUGUAUGUGCCGGUGUGUGUAUCUGUGUUUGUAUGUGUCAAGGUGUGUAUCUGUGUGUCAAUGUGUAUCUGUGUGUGUGUAUCUUACACACAGAUGCGCACACACACACUGGCACAAAGUGGCACACAGAUACAUACACCUUGACACACAGUGUGUAUUCGUGUGUGUAUGUAUCUGUAUGUCAAGGUGUGUGUAUCUGUGUUUGUGUGUGUGUGUAUGAAUCUGACACACAGAUACACACACACCUUGACACACAGUGUGUAUCUGUGUGUGUGUGUGUGUAUGUAUGUCAAGGUGUGUAUAUCUAUGUGUUAAAGUGUGUGUAUCCGUGUUUGUAUGUGCCAGUGUUUGUGUGUGCGUGUAUGUAUCUGGCACACAGAUACACACACUCAGAUACACAUACACACAUCUUGACUCACAAAUACACACGCACUCAGAUACACACAGUGACAUAUACACUCACAUACACACAUUGACACAUACACACACUCAGAUACACACACUGACACUCAGAUACACACACACACACUGACAUACAAACACACUGAUAUACACUGGCACAUACACACACACCAACACACACAUACUGGCAUACACACAGUGACACAUACACAAACCUUGACACACAUACUCUUUGACAGACACACCUACACUCUCACUGACAAACACAUAUACACUCUCACUGAAAAGAACACAUACACUCUCACUGACAAACACACAUACACCUUUUGACAGACACACAAACACAUACAAACUACCUAACAGACACACAUACAAUUCAUUAUUUUUUUUUUUAUUUGAAUCCACCCAGCCUCCCUACAUUUGGGAGUGCUGGCAUGGACUCUCUAUGUCCCUGUGAUCCAGUGGGGCACUGGGCUGAGCAUCUGGGCAUGCGCGGUCCCUGUGGUCCUUUGGGGCUGCUGAGCGGCUGGCAUACGGACAGCGAGGGAGCAGUGAUCUUCUGCACGCGAGAGAGAUGAGCUGGGGGAAAGUGCUCCAUCACUGCCCAAGGUUUUUUUGUUUAACAAAAUUUUGGCGGAACCCCAUUUGUAUUCUUGUGAAACACCAAUUGGGAAACAGUGACAUAGAGAAUACUUUGAGAAGGAUAAUUAUUUUAGGUCCUGGUUCCUCUCCUAUAUAGGAAGAGAUAGUGUCCUUAGAAACAUAUACACAGUUAUAUUUGUAUUAUUCUUGGACUUUAUGGCCACCCCACUGUACAUAUUCAGCCAUGUACAAGGCUGCAUUCAAAAUACUGGUUAUAGCUAAUUGGCAUUGCACAUUGUUUCGCAUUAGAGCGCACAAUGUGCCCAACUCAAAGACCUGUCUGGGAAUUGGUUUGUGUGUGUGUGCAUGUGUGUAUGUAUUUGAAGGGGCAGACUGACCACUCAGGCACAUCGGUAAUGGACCGGGGGCCCGAGACAGCUAGGAGCCUGGCCAUAUAGCCAAGCUUCAGCUGGGGUGAUCAGAGAUCUCUCCAACUGGAACAGCAAAGUAAAAAUAAAAAAAGAUCUCUUCCAUUCAUAGGUUGUGGGGCCCCUGAUGGAGUGUAGGGCCCAACAACCUACCGCUCUGCACAUACAUCACCUCUCCCCUCAUCCUCAAAUGAGACCUGGCAGCUUCACCUGCUCUCUCCCUCUCUGCCAGGUCUCCUUCUUCCUGUCCCACUUGGCACUCUGUGUGAUGGGAGAGACGGGGCUAGGAAGUGACAUCACUUCCUGUACUCUCCUCUCACACAGACCUCUCACAGCCAGCGAGGUGAAGGAACAGCAGCCUUGGAGAGACCAGAGGGAGCAGAGAGAGGUGUAGGAAAUAAAAAGGGGAAGAUGGGGAGAGACCACAGGAAUCAAGGGGAAGAUGAGGAAUCACUCCCUCACUCUGUGACCAGUCACCCCCUCCGUCUCUCUGUCACUAGUUACCCCCUCCCUCAUUCUUUCACUAGUGACCUCCUCCCUCACUCUGUCACUAAUCACCCCCUCCCCCUCACUGUGUCUCCCCCUCACUCUGCCACCACUAACCCCCUCCCUCACUCUGCCACUAGGCACCUCUUCACUCUGCCACCUCCCACACACAGGAAACCUGUCACCCUCUCCCUCACACACACUGUCACCUGUCACCCCCCUUGGACAAGUAGAUUUUUUAAAAUAUUCCACACCCCUGCACUUGCAGACACACACGAAUGCUCAAUACACAUAUGCAUUCACAUUGACACUAAAUACAAAAAAGCACAUGUAGUCAUCCAGACAUGCACAAGUGCAUUUACAUAGACUCAAAUACAAACAUCAAAUAGGAAUAGAAACAACAAAACAUGGGAAUUGGCUGUAUAAUCUAAAUGAGAACACAAAAACAAAACAUAGUGUGAUAUUAUUAUAAAUUAUAUGUGUGUGCUAAUAAUCUUUUGCACUCACAAGAUUGAAGAUGUAAAGGCAUUCAAAGGGUGCCUCCCCCGAUGGUGUUGGGGGGCUGUAAACCCACGCCUUGGUCUGUGUAUAUUCAUUUAAGAACCGGAAUCCAGAAGAUGAUGGUAAAAAUAUAUUCGGCUUGAUUUAUAAAUAAAAGGUGAAAAUACACCAAUGAAAUAAAAACAGAAAUGGUUCUACAUGUUUCGUCUAAGUGCAUUUGGACUUCCUCAGGAACCAAAGAUCAAUUUGUGUAACAGCAGCAUGCAAAAAUGACACAGCAAUAAAACAGCCUAACCCUCCCACCCUCACUGGACUAAGAGGACUUGAGGGUGGGAGGGUUAGGCUGUUUUAUUGCUGUAUGUCAUUUCUUUUUUUUUUUUUAUUCUUUUUUUUUGUCAAUGACAUAGACCGUGUCAAUGUAACACUGUAUAGCUUGUGCAAAAGCCUUGUUGCAGUAAAGAUAAGCUGUAUGUAAUUUUUGCAUGCUGAUGUUACACAAAUUGAUCUUUGGUUCCUGAGGAAGUCCAAUUGCACUUGGACAAAACCCGUAGAACCAUUUCUGUUUUUAUUUCAUUGGUGUAUUUUCACCAUUUAUUUAUAAAUCAAGCCAAAUAUAUUUUUACCACCAUCUUCUGGAUUCCGGUUCUUAAAGGAGUAUACACAGACCAAGGCGUGGGUUUACAGCCCCCUAACAGCAUCGGGGGAGGCACCUUUUUGCUGCAUUUACAUCUUCAAUCUUGUGAGUGCAAAAGAUUAUUAGCGCACAUAUAUAAUUUAUAACAAUAUCACACUAUGUUUUGUUUUUGUGUUCUCUUUUAGAUUAUACAGCCAAUUCCCAUGUUUUGUUGUUUCUAUUCCUUUUUGAUGUGAGAUCACCAUUUGGGAGGUGAUCAGUGGGAGGCUGUCCUGUUUAUUAUUAGGAUAAGUAUAUAUUAUACUUUAUCACACUAUCCACACAUUUACCUUUGUGGUGAUAGCACAUUUCAUAUACUAACAUACAUUGAUACACAGGUCUUCACAAUAUACACAUCCAAAGGAAUGCCAUAUUAUGAGUUAUAUUUAACAUUUAUUUAAUGCACAUAUUUUUAGCCUUCAAAGGGCCUUGGAUCUAAUAUUGGCCGGGGGCCCCAAAGGCUCUCAGUCCGCCUCUGUGUUUAUGUAUGGGCUAGAGGGGGAGUAAGAGGCACACAACAUUGGGUAUAAGGUACACUAAAGGAGUGUAAGACACACAAUGGGACAAAAAAGAGCAUAAGGUACACUAAAGGGUGUAAAGUUCGAAAGAGGGGAUAAGAAACACAAAAUGGGCUAAAAGAGGUGAGAAAUUGAAAAAGUGGUUAAGUGCCACACAGGUGAAGACGCAUUAAUAAUCAAGGCAAUAAGCCAAGAUGGAUGGAUAUGGAAGAGUCACAAAUUCUCCCAUUUAGACUCACGGAAAUAGCAUGGGUGGGUCCUGAAAAAAGACCUAGAAUUAAUAAAUUAUUUCUAUCAACCAAAACUACGCUCAGGGCCUGGGAUAUUGUUUUUAAAAAUAAUAGCCAUACUACAAGAUUGUAUAGAGCGAUGCCAAUUGAACUGUUGAAAAACCAUAUACAAUCUUUGAAUACAGAAUUAUGGAAAAAAAUACUCUAUAACAAACCUAGAUAGCUUUUUUUCAUGGCAAUGCCAUCCUUUCAUUUGAGAAAUUGAAACUCAAGUAUGGACUAAUGAAUGACUCUGAAUCUGAAUGUGUGUUGAUUAUCGAAAAAAAUUAAAAAAAACUAUUUACCAUAUCAGACAUUGACAAAAACGAUAAGUCAGAUCAGCACUGGAAAAAAAAUGUUUUUUUUUUUUUUAUAUGAACCAAACAGAAAGGGUACAAUAUCUAUGUGUCACUCUUUACAACACAAAACCUGAAGUUAAACUGAAAGAUAUGGUGUCAUGGGAGAUGGAGCUAGGAACACAAUAUGAGCUUGAGGAAUGGUUCAGUUUCUUUAAAGCCCUAAAAGGAAUCUCUACUGUUCAUUUUGAAAAUUAUUACAAAAUUUUAUAUCGAUGGUAUCUGGCUCCGUCUAGACUACAUAAUAUGAACAAUAUGUAUUCUGACCGUUGUUGGAAGGAUUGUGGGGGUAUGGGAAAUAUGGCUCAUAUAUGGUGGAAUUGUCCCAAAAUAACUAGAUACUGGAAAAUGAUUCACUACUUGAUUGAUAACCCCUUAAGGACACAGAAGUUUGGUCCUUAAGGGUUUAAAGUAGUUCAGUCUAUUACUAAAUUAACCUCAGAACUUGUAUUAUUCAAACAAUUCCCUGAGUCCAUCAAUAGUUCAGAUAAAAUAAUAAUAGGCCACAUCCUGAUUGCUGCCACCUCAUGCUUACCACGGUAUUGGAAAUCCAAAAAUGUACCGUCACUUAAAGAAGUUUUUAAUUUGAUCUUGGGUAAUAAAGCACACGAAAAACUAUGCACACAUUUACAAAACUGAAAUGUUAUUGGGAUAAAGUGGAAGAAGAAAUUUUAAAAAGUGUAUGGUUUUUAAAAGCUUAUUGUUAAACUUUAUUAUUGUUUAUAUACAACAUUUUGUUUGCUACUGACAUAGAUGGAUACAUAACCUUUCCUCUUCCAAGUUCCCCUUACCUUCCCUACCCCGAAUAGAAUGUUUAUCUAUUCAUUUAUAACUUGUUGAAACAUUUCUAAAACUUUAAUAAAAAAUUUGAAUUAAUAGGUGAAGACGCAUUUUGCAAAAGGUAUUUUUGCCUCUGUAGCCAAAAAUAUAUUCACCAGCCCUGUUUAGAGGCAGUAGCCCUAAGAAUUGCCAUUUCCAAUUCCAUUAGUUAAAUCAAUGCUGUGUAGAAUUUAGACUGUGCUGGAGGAAAAUCAGAAUUCUAACAAGUACUAGAUAUGUGUAUGAAUACAAUAGACUCGGAGUUCAAUGCUUUAGACUAAUAACUUUUUUUCCCCCGAGCAUUUGUUUAAUAGAAAAUAAACAAAGAGGCUAGUUGCAAGCAUUAAGAAACCUUAUUCUUGUGUUUGGUAUUAGGACCACACAAGCAGUAUAUUCAAUAUUUUCUGUUUUGUUUCAUAGGCAAAGGAUCCAAAAAAUAAACAUACAUUUUUAAUAAGCAUUUUUUUUAAUGAUCAUGCAUUAUUAAAUUUUCUUAAUCACAUUUCCACAUGCUGCCCCAAAGUUUAAUCAAAUAUAUGUUUAGAUUACAAUAGAGAUUAAAUUUGUUAAGCCAAAUAAUGUUUCGUCAAUAUAGCAAUUCAGAAGAGUGCAUUAAUGUAACUUAGCAUUUUAUAUGCAGCAGUGCUAAAAGGUGUUUGGUCUCUAUACAGCCUUAAGUAUCACAGAACUACAAACUAACUUGUGAAAUUAUUCAACCCCCUUUGAAAAUCUGUUUUUUUUGUAAAAACCUGCAGACUUUCAGCCGUUUGCAAUGAACAAAUAAAACAAAAGCAAUUGAAAAUGCUUUAAGUGGUUUUCCCAAAUUCAACUGAAAAUGCAACUUAUAAUGACUUCUCCAGUCUCAAAAUGAUUCAACCUCCUGGACAGAAUCCCACACACAGCACAAAUAUGAAAAACAGGUAGAUUCAUUAGUUGCACCAGGUGUGCUUGAGCUGGAACAUUUAAAAUACCUAAACUGGCCAGGGGUUUGUUGAGUGUCAAGUCAAAAGAAUGGUCCAGAAAGUUAAGGGAAGAGAUCGCCCUUCACAAACAAGGAACAGGAUACAAAAAGAUAGUAAAGGUAUUGCAUGUUCUUAGAGACACCGUUGGAAGCAAAAUUUGCAAGUUAAAAGAACAGUGGUUACACUACCUGGAUGAGGCAGAAAAAGAAGCGAUCAUCGGCUGCAACCAGAUUUCUGAGAAGGCAGGUUGUAAAAAACACUGCAAGACUUGGUGGCCACAGACACUGAGGUUUCAGUGAGCACAGUAAGACAUGUAGCAAACGAAGAAGGUUUCCAUGACAGAACUCUAAGAAGUACACCACUAGUGACCCAAAAGCACAAGAAAAGUUUGUGCCAAUAUUCUCAAAAUCAUAUAAAUAAGCCACAGUAAUUAUGGGAUUUUGUUUUGUGGAGCAAUUAAACAAAAUUGGAACUUUUCGGCCCAAUGGAUCAGCGGUAUGUCUAGAGGAAGAAGCAUGAAUCAUUGCUGUGCCUAAUCAUUAAAUUCAUGAAGCACCAAUAUCAAAAAGCAAUAAUCAAUUACCCUAAGGUCUUCAAAGAUAUUGGCAGGCACCAAAACCCUGUUCGGGAUGAGUGAACUGAGUAUUUGAGAAAGAAGAAAACACAAACUGAUUGUAAAUAAUCACAUCAAACUUUAUUGUCCAGCAGGGACUUAAUCAAUAAUAUAACCGGUUAACCUAUAGUGCUCAUUCAGUUAAUCUAACAGCUUAAAUAUCUAGAUAUAUCAGCUUAAAGGGACACUAUAGUCAAGUGAACGACUUCAGCUUAAUGAGGUUGUUCGGGUGAGAACAAUAGCUCCCUGCAGCCUUUCUCAUGUAAACAAUGUAUUUUCUGAGAAAAUACAGUGUUUACCUUGGAAUUUAGGAACACCUCCAGUGGCAGUCACUCAGAUGGCCACCAGAGCGACUUCUGAGUUCAAGACUGCCUAAUUCGCAUUCAUCACGUUUGCCGUUUUCAUGCUUGGGUGAAUACAUCAAACGUGAUAUCAGUAGACAGGAGGAACUGUGAACGCGCCUCCUGUGUCCUGUAGUUAACCCCAGAGCCUGUCAGCAAUCAGAGCCAACAGUGUAGGGAGAUAAGAUCUCCUGCACACACAGCGGCUGUGGCUGACUGGCAGAAGACCGGAGACCGAGCAGGAGGAUCCAAACCGUUAGUAAACUUAUUUUGUGAGUGAGGGUGAGAGAGUGAGUGUGGGUGAUGAGAGAAAUAGAUGGAUAUAGAUAGAUAGAGUUAGAUAGAAUUAGAUAGCCAUAGAUAGAUAGAUAGAAUUGGAUAUGUAGAAAGAGAUUGAUAGAAAUAGAGUGUGUAUGUUUAACAAUAUUUAUUUUCAAUGUGUGAGUUUGUGUACAAACACUAUAUAUAUAUAUAUAUAUAUAUAUAUAUAUAUAUAUAUAUAUAUAUAUAGUGUUUAUAUACUAUAUACUUUGGGCUGGGGAUUGCAGUAGGAGGGGGACGGGCAUAGACAGCGAGCUGAGCUGUCAGUCAGCUCAGCUCGCGAAUGCGCACGUGCGCGGUAGAGCGCUCAGUGUUCAUUCAUAGGGCGGCAUUCAAUGCCGCUCUAUAAAGAACGUGAUUGGUGCAACGUGAAGCUACGCGUGCGCACCAGAUCGCUAUGACGCUUCUCUAAGAGAAGCGUCUGAGCCCUGCUACUUAAUUAUUUUGAUGAAAAAGGGGGUGCGGCCUGUCGAGGAUAUAGGCGCUGGAACGGAGGUAAGUUUGAUCUAUAACAAGGACUCGAAAAUAUUUUUUAUUAGGGGGAAGUUAAUAUAAAAGCAAGAAAGAAGGCUAAGGGACCUGUCUUUCUUUCUUUUAUAUGUUGACUCAAGUGCUCCUUUAAGUAUACAUGACCAUUAGAGAAGCUUGGAGGUCACUCCGCUGCAUGACUGGGGGAACUCAGAAGGGAUCAACCGAUAUUGAUUUUUUUAGAGCCGAUAUCGAUAUUCUGUGAACUUUCAGACCGAUAGCCGAUAUAAUUUGAUGAUAUUCUGUACAUUUACCAUUUUGGAAAAUCAAAACUAUUUCUAAAGGUAAAUGCACAAACUAUACAUGCCACGUGUAGUGGGUGCAGUUUGUUUAGACAGGGGAGCUGUGUGUGUUUGUAUAGUGUGAGUAGUGGAUGCAGUGUGUGUUUGUGUAGUGUGUGUGUAGUGUAUGCAGUGUGUGUUUGUGUAGUGUGUGUGUUUUGGAUGCAGUGUGUAUAUAAUGAAAGCGUAGUGUGUGGGUAGUGUGCGUAAAGUGAAUGCAGUGUGUGUGUGUAAAGUGAAUGCUGUAUAUACUAAAUGCAAAGUGUGUGUUUGUGUAGUGUGUGUGUAUAUAUAAUGAAUGCAGAGUGUGUGUGUAUUUGUGUAGUGUGUGUAUAUAAUGAAUGUAGUGUGUUUGUAUAGUGUGUUUAUAUAAUGUAGUGUGUUUGUAUAGUGUGUUUAUAUAAUGUAGUGUGUUUGUAUAGUGUGUUUAUAUAAUGUAGUGUGUUUGUAUAGUGUGUUUAUAUAAUGUAGUGUGUUUGUGUAGUGUGCAUUAUAUAAACACUGCAUUAUAUACACACACUGCAUUAUAUAAACACACUACACAAACACACUGCAUUAUAUACACACAUUAUACAAACACACACACACUAUACAAACACACUGCAUUAUAUACGCAGUGUGUUUGUGUAGUGUAUGUGUAUAUAAUGGAGUGUGUGUGUGUGAGGGGGCAUUUUUUAUUAAAUUAUUUAUUUUUUAUAUUUAAUUAUUAUUUAUUUUUGUUGUCCCCCCCACCCCCCCCUGCUUGUUGCCUGGCCAGGGAGGGGGGAUAUAGUAUUUCCUGGUGGUCCAGUGGCAUUGUCUGAGCUGUGGGAGGGCAGGCAGCAAGCGUUUACUCACCUCAUAGCAACUCCUCCUCAGAGGAAAACAAACUGACAGUUAAAGACAGACAGCGUUUGAAAAUAUGACAGUUAUUAAGGGUUUUUAACCCCUUAAGGACUGGACUGUUUUUGCGAUGUUGUACAUUUGCGACCAGGAAUAUUUUUACACUUUUGUGGUGUUUGUGUUUGGCUGUAAUUUUCCGCUUUCUCAUUUACUGUUCCCAUACAAAUUAUAUAUUGUUUUUUUCAGGACAAAAUGGGCUUUCUUUACAUACCAUUAUUUAUAUAAUCUCAUGUAUUUUAAUUUAAAAAAAAUAAAAAAAUAUGAUGAAAAAUUGAAAAAUAAAUUUUGACUUUUACUUGAAAAAUCUUUUACUCAUCUACAAAAGCGAAUGAAAAAAACUGCUAAAUAGAUUCAAAAUUUUGUCCUGAGUUUAAAAAUACCUAGUGUUUACGUGCUUUUUUGCUUUUUUUUGCAUGUUAUAGGGCUAUAGAUACAAGUAGGAUAUUGCGGUUUAAAAACAUACAUUUUUAAAAUUUAUCAAUAGUGACAUUGUAACACUAUUAUCUGUCAUAAAUCUCUGAAUAACACCCCACAUGUACAUAUUUUUAAAGUAGACAACCCAGGGUAUUCAAUAUGGGGUAUGUCCAGUCUUUUUUAGUAGCCACUUAGUCGAAAACACUGGCCAAAGUAAGCAUUCAUAUUUGCUUGUGUGUGAAAAAAGUAAAAAAACUAAAUUGAACGCUAAUUUUGGCCAGUGUUUGUGACCAAGUGGUUACUAAAAAAGACUGGACAUACCCCAUUUGCAAUACCUUGGGUUGUCUUUUGCAAAUGGUAUGCCAUCAUGGGGGUAAUUCUCAUUCCUGGGCUACCAUACGCUCUCAAAGGCAACGUAACCAACCUGGCCAUUUUCAAUGUAAAAAUAUUUGACCCAUAUAUUUGACCUUGUAACGUUCAAAAAUGCUAUAAAACCUGUACAUGGGGGGUACUGUUUUACUCGGGAGACAUCGCUGAACACAAAUAUUAGUGUUUAAAACUGGAAAACGUAUCGCAACAAUUAUAUCAUCAGUAAAAGUGCUGUUUGUGUGUGAAAAAUGCAAAAAAAGUAACUUUCACUGACAAUAUCAUCACUGUGAUAUGUUUUACUGUUGUGAAUCACUAAUAUUUGUGUUCAGCGAAGUCUCCCGAGUAAAACAGUACCCCCCAUGUACAGGUUUUAGGGUGUCGUAGAACGUUACAGGGUAAAAUACAGUGCUAGCAAAUUAAAUUCUCUGGAAUUUCGGCCUGGGUUGGCAGGUAGGUCCCUCAAAUUGCAAUCAAUAAAAUUACUGAAUUAUGUAAAAAUAUUACAUAAAUACGCACGUAGAAUUUAAAUAUAUAUGCAUAUUUAUAUAUUUGAAGUCUACGUGUAUAUUUAUAUAAUUAUUUAUGUAAUUUUGUAUAUGGACGUAUGUAUAUUUCUUUUAUUUAUUUUUAUAUACAUAGAUAUAUAUACAAAUUCAUUCUAAGUGUAUUUUGAUAUAAAUAUAUAUAUAUUAAUUUUAAAAUACAGUUAGAAUAAAAUUUCAUAUAGCUAUAUAAUUUUUUUUUAAUUUUUUAUUAUUAUUUUUAAAAAAAAUUAUUUAAUUUAAAUUACUUAUUAGUUAUAUUUUAUAAUAAUAUUAUAUAUAUACGUGUGUAAUUUAAUUUAAUUAUAAGUGUAUUUUUAUAUUAAUAUAAGUACAUAUUAAUAUAAAAAUACACUUAGUAUGGCAUUAUAUAUAUGAUAUAUAGACAUAUAUUAUAUAGAUAUAAUAUAUGUCUAUAUAUCAUAUUUAUACAUAUAUAAUUAUUAUUAUUUUUUUUAUUACCAUUAACUUUAAUUUUUUUUUCUGAUUUUACAGUUGCAGGGAGACUGCCUGUCAGUACAUGCAGUCCCCCUGCAGGCAGCACUAUGGACACCUAUUGUGACCAUGUGAUCGCUGUGUUGAGCGAUCACAUGGCCACAGGGGUCCUAAUCUGCCGUGGGGAGACUGUCUGGGCUGCAGGCAGUCUCCCCACAACCGGAGGAACACUGAUCGCCGCCGGGGGAACGACGGCGAUCAGGUAAGUAGCCCCAGACCGUUUGGACGGUUCAGGACCGUCAUCGGUCGGCAAGGCAAAAACUGCAGAUCCUUUGUCAGAGCAUUUAAAGGGCCAGAACCAGUCUAAUAAAAUCCACUAUGCUCAAAUAACAUAAUAAUCAAUGCAAAAGUCUCUUGUGGGGGCGGAGCCUGGAUGCAGAGCUGAUCAGACGUGCAUCGCCUGAGCUCCAGAGACUGGGAUCGAUAAACGACGGAUUACCGGGGCCUCUCGCCAAACCGACCAGCCACCGACGACUUCCCAGAUAA